AGCACAGCGCGAAGGAGUUCCACCCACGCCGCGCUUCACUCCCACGCUGACUACUGAGUCGAUACCCGCCCAACAUUACAGGUGGAAACGGAAGUUCUUUGUUUUGCCUUUUGUCUUAUCAUGGCGGAGUCCGUGAUCCGCAUUAAGCGGAACCACUACGUCCACAUCCUGGACAACAACACCAACGUGACACGCACCUUGGUGGGACCGGACAUUUACACCCGAAAGGAGCACGAAACGUGCCUCUUCGAGCCGCGCCCCUGCAUAUCCGUCCCACCGCGGCACUACUGCGUGGUUCAGAACCCCUGCGUGCGCACCGCUGCGGGGGAUGCCGCCCUCGACGCGUCCGGGCAGGUGCAGCUGCGCCUCGGCGACGCAGAGAUUCGCUUCGAGGGCGAGCCGUUCCCGCUGCACCCGGGCGAGGUCAUAGAGGAGGCAGAGGGGCAGGCGGUGCGCAAGCUGCAACUUAUCCCGAGCAACACCGGGUACUACGUCCGUUGUGUGCGCGACUUCACGGACGGCGGCGCCACCGUCGUUGCAGGGAAGGAAUGGAUGGUGGAGGGGCCGCAGACGUACCGGCCACGGGUGGAGGUGAUGGUGGUGGCGGAGGUGAAGGCGACGGUGGUGCGGCCGAACACGGCGCUGCUGCUGGAGGCGAAGGUGAACUUUACGGACCGCCGCGGGCAGCGCCGCGUCGCCGGCGAGCGUUGGCUGGAGCGCAAGCUGGGCGCCUACCUGCCCUCCGUGGAAGAAACGGUCGUCUCUCUGGUGCAGGGUGUCCUGCUGAACGCGACGCGUGCCCUGCAUCUGAGAGCCACGCGGACCUUCACAGACGCCUACGACAAGACACGCAACGCGGGAGAAGAGUGGCUGGUGACCUCUGCGGACGCCCCGGUGCACAUCGUCGACGCCUACGAGACGAAGAUGGCCGACGUGAAGGCCGUCUCGCUCAACUCGAAGGAGUACGCCAUCGUCCACCACCCGGUCGAUGCCGACACGGGCCGCAACCGCUUCGGCGAGACCGUCGUGCGCCGUGGCGAGUGCACCUUCUUUCUGCAGCCCGGCGAGUCGAUGCCGGCGGGGGUGGAGCCGGUACUCGUGGUGGGUAAGGAGGAAGCGCUGCUGCUGGAGGCGGUGUGCGAGUAUCACGACGGCGACGUGGUGCGGAAGCCCGGCCGUCGGUGGAUGCUGUGUGGACCGUGCGAGUACACCCCCGCGAACGAGGUGAAGCUGCUCGAGCACCGCCGUGUGAUUGCGCUGGAUAAGAACGAGGGGAUUUACGUGAUGAACACGAAGACGGGCGGGGUGCGCGCCGUGAUUGGCGAGCCCUACCUGCCCGACGUGCACGAGGUGCUGUGGGAGAAACAGCUGCCCAUCGCCGUGGAGGAGUUGCUGGAUUCACCCAACGGCCGCAUCCGGACGACGGAGCGCAACCCCAACUUUGUGAGCCACCGCGAGAAGCACCGCAUUAUCCGCUUCAACGUGCAGCACAACGCCGCGGUGCAGAUCUACGACUACCACAAGAAGCAGCCGCGGAUUGUUCUGGGUCCCAACCUGGUGAUGCUGGCCCCGCACGAGGAGUUCACCGUGCUCUCCCUGAGCGGCGGCGCACCCAAGGUGCCGAACUCGCUGCAGUCGCUGCAGCUCUUUCUGGGUCCUCGGUUCUCGAGCGACACGAUCGUGGUCGAGACCUCCGACCACGCCCGCCUGCGCCUGCGGCUCUCGUACAACUGGUACUUUGACAUCAACCGCACUGAACCGGCGCAGAAGACGUUCUCCGUGCCUGACUUUAUCGGGGACUGCUGCAAGACGAUCGCGAGCCGCGUGCGCGGUGCCGUCGCCGCCGAGGACUUCGACUCCUUCCACCGCAACUCCGCCAAAAUAAUCCGCACCGCCGUCUUCGGCGUCGACGAGGCGGGCGAGAUAAAAAAGGAGCUGCGCUUUAACGCGAACGACUUCGUUGUGACGAACAUCGACGUGCAGUCGUCGGAGCCGACGGAUGAGAAGACGCGCGACAGCCUGCAGAAGUCGGUGCAGCUCGCGAUUGAGAUAACGACAAAAUCGCAGGAGGCUGCUGCGCGACACGGCAACGAGUUGAAGGAUCAGGAGGCAAAGGGCCAGCUGGAACGGCAGAAGCUUGUGGACAAGAUAGAAGUGGAGAAUGCGAAGACGCAGUGGCUGGAGCUGCAGGCGGGGAGUGAGGCGCUGCAGGCGAGCGGGCAGUCCGUGGCGGAGGCGAAGGCGCGCGCCGAGGCGCUGCUGAUCGAGGUCAAGUCGGAGCUGCAACAGGCGCAGAUGCGGGCGAAGGCGUAUCGCAUUUCGGCCGAAGCGGAGCUGCAGAAGCUGCAGCAGCGGCAGGCGCUGGAGCUGGAGUACACGAAGCGGCAAAAUGAGAUGGACGUGGUGAAGGCGCAGGCUGCUGCGGAGGCGGAGGCGGAGAAGGUGAAGCGCAUGGUGGACGCCAUCGGCCGAGAAACGUUGGUGGCCAUCGCCCGUGCCGGCCCGGAGACGCAGGCGAAGCUGCUCGGCAGUCUCGGCCUCAAAGGCUACUUGAUCACUGACGGCAAUAGCCCCGUCAACUUGUUUGGUGCUGCCAAGGGCAUGAUUGGGGACGCUACGAAGUGA